AUGGAGCCCCCCAACAGCAGCACGGCCAGCCGGGGGGACACGUGCUUUGGGGUCUUCAACACCAGCGACGGCUGUGCCGACGCGCGGAACAGCAUCGCCUCGCCCUGGUUCUCCACGGCCUUCGGCCUCAUCGGCCUCUGCUCCAACCUCUUUGCCCUCUGCGUCCUGCUCAGCUCCUCCCGCCAGCUCUAGCUCCCCAGCCAGCCCCGCUCCUCCUUCCUCGUCCUCCUCUGUGGGCUGGUGGUCACAGACUUCACGGGGCUGCUGGUGACAGCCUCGGUCAUCGUCCCCUACCACUUCAUCAGGUUCACCUGGGCUGAGGUGGACCCUGGCUGCCACCUCUGCAACUUCCUCGGCUUCUCCAUGGUCUUCUUCGGGCAGUGCCCACUGCUGCUGGGAGCCACCAUGGCUGGGGAGAGGUUCUUGGGCAUCAACUUCCCCCCCCCCCCCAGCCUCUCCAAGCGCCGUGCCUGGGCCAUCGUGGGGCUGGUCUGGGGCUUCUCCUGCCUGCUGGGGCUGCUGCCGGUGCUGGGGCUGGGCAGGUACACGCUGCAGUUCCCUGGCUCCUGGUGCUUCCUCACGCUCCUGCCCGACACCAGCAAUGUCAUCUUCUGCCUGCUCUUCGCUCUGCUGGGCAUCUUCUCCGUGCUGCUCUCCUUCAUCCUCAACACCGUCAGCGUGGUCACGCUCUGCCGCGUCUACCACCACCGCGAGUCGGUGCAGCGGCGCCGCGACAGCGAGGUGGAGAUGAUGGUGCAGCUCGUGGGCAUCAUGAUCAUCGCCACCAUCUGCUGGAUGCCCCUCCUGUACAUCCGCAUGGUCACCUGGAACCAGAUCCUGGACCCUUGGGUCUACAUCCUGUUCCGCCGCGCGGUGCUGCAGCGCGUGUACCCCCGGCUGCGCCCCCGGCCCUCCAUCCUCUCCCUCACCCCCUCCCUGCCUCGCAAGCUCACCGCCACCUCCGUCCUGCAGUAG